AUGAUACAAACUAAUGAUUGUUUACGGCAAUACCCUUACGAGCAACGGAUUUCCAACGUUCCAACCCAAGUCAAGCUUUACUUCGGACAAUUCAUCCAUUCCACUUUUAUACUACUACCACCGACCAUGUCACUCAAAGACCAAACCGUCCUCAUAACAGGCGCAUCAAUGGGUAUUGGCGCUGCCAUAGCCCGCCGUCUAGCUGCCGAAAACGCAACCCUCAUCCUCUUCGCACGCUCAGGCGACAAGCUCAAAGCCUUCUCCGACGAACUCAAGGCCGAACACAAAGAUCUAAAGAUCUUCCUAUCCGUCGUCGACGUCCAAGAUCACACCUCCCUCAGCACUGCCAUCGCAAACAUAGUCCAAAAGGUCUCGCACAUUGACAUCCUAAUCAACAACGCUGGUCUAGCCAUCGGUGCCCCAUCACGCUUCCCUGAUCUCGAAAUCCAGGAUAUCAUCACCAUGACUAGUACGAAUAUCAACGGGUACAUGUUUGCUGCGUAUGCCGUGUUGAAUGAGGGGAAGAUGAAAGAGAGGGGUAAGGGCACGAUUCUGAAUGUUACUAGUACGACGGGAUUGGAAGUACCGCCGUUCCCGGGUGAGGCUGUGUAUCAUGCCAGUAAGGCGUGUCAGGAGGCUUUUACUAAUGUGCUGAGGACGGAGUUGGUGGGUACGGAUAUCAAGGUGCUGGCUUUAAGACCGGGGGUUGUGGCGACGAAUUUCCAUGAACAACGCGUUAGAUAUGACAAGCAAAGCUACGACACUUUCAUGUCCGGCUUCGAGCCUCUUGUUGCUCCUGACGUUGCGGAGGCGGCUGCUUUUAUGUUGAGUCAAAAGGAUAGAGUUAGUGUGAAGGCGUUGGAUGUUGUGCCCACUGCACAGAGAAGUUUACAGGUUUUCGAUCGGGAAUGGAAUAGCAGGGACAAAACGAGGAACGAGGAAACGAUGGGAAACUGA